GGUAAGAAUGAAUGAAUGCUUUAUUCCGUUUCGUGCUCGUCAUGUCAGUUACAUUUUUUAACUUGCGGAACAAACUCGUACUUCCGUUACAAACCGAACGUCCCUCGAAUAAUAACAACGAAUUACAAAUUUUUAAUAAAAAAAAAACAGGGGACAUUUAAUCUAAUUAGUAGAUUGUGUGCUAACUAAGUUUGUGUACGAAUAACUGUUUAAAUGUGAGAGCAUGCAGCAAUUUACGCAAAGGAUUUAACCGUUAUUAAUGCAGUAACCUUGAACCCAACUACAACCUUAUCAAUGUAUCGAAAAAUUCCCGACGAUUUACAAAAAACAGCUGAGUGUAAAUUAAAUGAAGUCACAAGCCGUAUUGAAAAUGAUAUUACACAAAUGAAGGAAUGGAUAGCAAAGCAACCACAUUUAAAUAUUGAAAUAGACGAUCAGUUUAUUUUGACACUUCUGCGCUGCUGUAAGUUUAGCUUGCAGCGAACAAAAGAAAAAAUCGACACUUAUUACACUGCUAGAUCUAUCAUGCCCGAAAUAUUUAGCAACCGAGAUCCCUAUCUGCCCGAAAUACAGCAUUUAUUUAAUAGCCGGUGUAUAGCUCUCCCAUUGCCAAAUUUGGAUCCUGAUGAUGGCAGCCGCAUAAUCUUCAUUAACUACAGCAGCAGUCUGGACCCUAAUUUGGUAUCCUUGCGAAACCUGGACAAAGUGAAUUAUAUGAUUUUGGACAUACUGAUAAGGGAAGAUGAUGAUAUGAUAAUCAACGGCUUGAAACUUAUAACUCACUGCAAAGAUCUUAGCGUCAGAUUUCUAAAUGAACUUACUCCACUCUAUAUGAAAAGACAUGUGUACCUUGUGAAUGCGUUUCCACUUCGACUUCAAGCAGUACGUGUGGUGAACUGUCCUGCACCAUUCGCAUUCGCUUAUAGUAUUUUCAAAACAUUCACCACUAGUAAAAUAGGUCAAAGAAUGAUCAUGGUUAGUGAAACUAAUGUUCCAGAAUUAUGCAGGCAAUCACCUCACCUAUUUCCAAAAGAGAUGGGUGGUAACAAUGGCUCCAUACAGGAAUUAUCAGGUACAUGGAAAAGAAAAGUAGAGAGUUACAGGGAAUGGUUCUUGCAAGAAGAAGCUAAAAAGAGCGACGAGAGUUUACGUACAGAGCCACCAAAGACUGCACUGGACUUGUUUGGAGCAGAUGGGACAUUUCGCAAGUUGGAGAUUGACUAAAAAGCUUCUAAUAAAUUGUAAGAACCUAUCUACGAAACUGUAAAUGUAAUUGAAAAUGACAGUGCAAGCUGUCUUGGUGUAAGUCGCAGUUCACUUUUAAUAAAAGAUACAAAUCUU